AUGCUUGGAGUUGGAAAUGUUCACGAGGCAGCAGCAUUAAAUUGUGAUGUAAAAAGAAGUUUAAGUAAAAAAUCAUCUAUUGGAAUUAUUUUGACAAAUUCUGAAAAUGGAAGUAGUGGAGGUGGUGGAAAUUCUGGUUGGUUUGGCGGAGGCGACGUCAAUCAAAAAUUGUGGCGAUAUCGUCGUGAUAAUUCUGUUACAAAUGAAAGUAACAGUGGAGGGGGUGGUGUUGGAGGUGUUGGACGCCCUCGUGGAUCAAGUGGAACUUCGUGCACUUUAAUGGUUGAACGUAAAUCUUCGAGCAACUUAACCACAACAAAUGGAGGGCCGAACAGUCAAGAAUUUUGGCAAAAUCAAAAUUUUUCUGCCCAAGUGCAGUUGCUUACAUGUAGUGGUGGUAAUUUUAACAAUAAUACCACCAUUGAUGCAAGAACUGCAACAGCAACAGAUGAAAAUUGUAGUAUAACAGAGAGUGCUACAGCAGACGAUUUUCUUUAA